CUGAACUUCUACAGAGGAUAAAAGUGAAGCUCAAGUUUGAAAUGCCACCACGAAUCAGCCCCCUUAAGGAUGCCAUGCAUCAUGUUGUUUCAAAGACUGACAAAACAUUCAAAUUAGAUGUGAAGUAUAUCAAUGCAGUGAAAGGACGUGGUCUAUUUGCAAAGGGUGACUUUUGCAAAGGUGAUUUUGUUGUUGAGUACAGGGGAGAUAUGAUAAAUGAUGCAGAACUGCAGAGAAGAAGAAAACGUUACCACGCAUCCUGUGCUGCAUUUAUGUUUGAUUUCAAGUGGCGAGGGAAAACAUGGUGUAUUGAUGCGUCAAGAGAAGAUGGAUCGUAUGGGCGGAUCGUUAAUGAUUGUCACAAACAUCCAAAUUGUAAGAUGAAGAAAAUUGACGUCAAUGGAAAGCCUCACCUUUGUCUGUUUGCCCUGGAUGACAUUAAAGAAGGAGAAGAAAUUGCCUAUGAUUAUGGAGGAGAAAACUACCCAUGGAGAACACAAAUGACCAGCGCUCCUGUUAAUACCAGCACAGCGAGUAACUCUGAUCCUUCUCUCCAGUCAGAGACUCAGAUGGAUGAUGAAUCUGCUCAAAUCAACUCUCCUCAACAGAUGACCAGCGCUCCUGUUAAUACCAGCACAGCGAGUAACUCUGAUCCUUCUCUCCAGUCAGAGACUCAGAUGGAUGAUGAAUCUGCUCAAAUCAACUCUCCUCAACAGAUGACCAGCGCUCCUGUUAAUACCAGCACAGCGAGUAACUCUGAUCCUUCUCUCCAGUCAGAGACUCAGAUGGAUGAUGAAUCUGCUCAAAUCAACUCUCCUCAACAGAUGACCAGCGCUCCUGUUAAUACCAGCACAGCGAGUAACUCUGAUCCUUCUCUCCAGUCAGAGACUCAGAUGGAUGAUGAAUCUGCUCAAAUCAACUCUCCUCAACAGAUGACCAGCGCUCCUGUUAAUACCAGCACAGCGAGUAACUCUGAUCCUUCUCUCCAGUCAGAGACUCAGAUGGAUGAUGAAUCUGCUCAAAUCAACUCUCCUCAACAGAUGACCAGCGCUCCUGUUAAUACCAGCACAGCGAGUAACUCUGAUCCUUCUCUCCAGUCAGAGACUCAGAUGGAUGAUGAAUCUGCUCAAAUCAACUCUCCUCAACAGAUGACCAGCGCUCCUGUUAAUACCAGCACAGCGAGUAACUCUGAUCCUUCUCUCCAGUCAGAGACUCAGAUGGAUGAUGAAUCUGCUCAAAUCAACUCUCCUCAACAGAUUUCUCUCUUGUGUUUCCAUGAUCUAACAUCUUGUCAUUUUGAAUGUUGUCUCUUACAGAUGACCAGCGCUCCUGUUAAUACCAGCACAGCGAGUAACUCUGAUCCUUCUCUCCAGUCAGAGACUCAGAUGGAUGAUGAAUCUGCUCAAAUCAACUCUCCUCAACAGAUGACCAGCGCUCCUGUUAAUACCAGCACAGCGAGUAACUCUGAUCCUUCUCUCCAGUCAGAGACUCAGAUGGAUGAUGAAUCUGCUCAAAUCAACUCUCCUCAACAGAUUGUGAUACAGCUCCGAAAUGAAAAUGACAUUUUUGUACCAAGACUGAGACGGACUAAAAGUAUCAUGAUGAAAGACAUGGAUCUUCAAGAUUCUGGUGAGCUCUUUGAUUCUACACCAGAGAGUUCAGAUAAUUAUGUCCCAGAUACCACUUCCAACAGUGACAGUGACAGUGAUGUUAGCCUUACACUGAACCCAACAAAGCAUCAGCUUCUUGAUGAACUGGAUAUGAAUGAAUCUGCCUCUGUAAGCUCCCCUGACUGUGACACAACAACGUCAGACAAAAUGCACAGCCUUACAUCUAAAACAUCUGAAACAGUAGAAGAGCCCAGUUCAGACUGCGUAUUUGUUAAUGCAUACCAAAAAAGAGAUGGCGGUAGAGUGUAUAACAAGAGACAUUACUGCUUGUAUUGCUCCAAACCUUACGCUAAGAUGGCAAGGCAUCUAGAAAGUUCACAUGCAAAUACAUCUGAUGUGGCUAGAGCUCUAAGCUUUCCAAAAGGUUCAAAAGAGAGAAAAAAACAGCUGGAUUAUAUUCGCAACAAAGGGAACUAUGCCCACAAUGCUGCUGUUAUGGAAUCAGGAAAGGGGGAACUGGUGCCAUUUAAACGACCACCUAAAAAAGCGCAGGGAGAUGAUUUUAUGCAUUGUGCGUACUGUCAAGGACUUUUUACAAGAAAGGUCCUGUGGCGUCAUAUGCGUUCUUGUAGACUUAAACCUCAGUCAGUCCCCCCCAAACCAGGAAAAAACCGUGUUCAGUCCAUGUGUACAUACACAGGUCCUGUGCCUUCAAACAUGACCAAACAACUGUGGGGAGUAAUCAGUGCCAUGACUCCUGACCCAAUCACAGAUAUAAUAAAAAAUGACAGAGUAAUUACUGAAAUUGGGCAGCACUUGUUGAACAAAGGAGGGCUAUCAGCCAAAAAUAAACAGUAUGUGCGGGAGAAGAUGCGAGAAUUGGGAAGGUUGAUUCACAAGGCGAGGAGAGUCACCUCGUUAAAAACGAUGGAAGAUUGUGUAAAUCCAAAGAAGUACAUGGAGACUGUCAAAGCUGUGAAGUAUACGUGUGGGUAUGACAGUGAAACGGACAAGUUCAUGAUUCCAUCGCUUGCAAACAAGCUUGGGAAUUCCCUGGUUAAAGUGAGCAAACUCUUAAAAGCUCAGGGAUUAAUCUCAAAUGACAAACAGCUUGUAAAGAACGCCAGUGAGUUUCUAGAAGUCCAUGAGAGCAAGUGGAACGAGAUGAUCUCGGCUACAGCAUUGAGGAACAUCAGUGAAGCAAAGUGGAAUGUGCCCACUAUCAUGCCCUUUACCGAAGACGUCCAGAAAAUGCAUACUUAUCUCAGUGAAGUGCAAGACAAGUGGUUCAAAACACUCUCUGAAAGUCCCUCUACUAAAGCCUGGAUGGAUCUGGCAAAGGUGUGUCUAGCCCAGAUGAUUCUCUUUAACCGCCGCAGGGAAGGAGAGGUUUCGAGCAUGCCUUUGUCUGCAUUUCUAUCAAGAGACACUUCUGAUCCACAUGAAGAUGUGGACUGGGCACUCUCUGAAGUGGAAAAAAAACUCUGCAGACACUUCACAAGGGUUAUCACAAGGGGAAAGCGUGGUCGACCAGUUCCAAUUCUUCUGACUCCAAAAAUGCUAUCUGCCUUAGAAAUCCUUGUUAAGCAGAGAGAGGCUUGUGGGGUUCUGAAAGACAAUCCCUAUAUGUUUGCAAGACCAGAAGCCAUGACACAUUUUCGAGGGUCAGACUGCCUCCGUGGCUUUGCUAAGGUGUGUGGCGCAAAGUGUCCCAAGUCACUGACAUCUACAAGACUGCGAAAGCAUGCCGCAACACUUUCAACCGUGCUGAAUAUGACUGACACAGAGAUGGACCAGCUGGCAAACUUUCUUGGACACGACAUAAGAAUCCAUCGUGAGUUCUAUCGUCUCCCUGAGAAGACCCUGCAACUUGCCAAGAUCAGCAAAGUUCUAAUGGCUCUUGAGCAAGGAAGAUUAGCUGAGUUCCAUGGCAAGAACUUGGAUGAAAUUGGGAUAGCUCCUGAUGAAAAAGUUAUUGACUGUGAUGAGGAAGACGGGAGCAUACAAGAGGGACACUGUUCAUCUACUGUUGACGAACCAUCUUCAGAGGUGGCACUUCCUCCUACCGAGAGGAAUGACAUGCCGCCACCACCCAAGAGACGCAGACCACCAUCAGAUGAAGAGAUGCCUUCAGGAGCCAGUGCUGUGAGGCCUUCUUCCAAAGGUAAAAGUACCCAGAAGACACCCUGGCAGCAGACAGAGGUGCAGGCGGUGGAAAGGCACAUGCAGCGAUUCAUCACAUCGCUCACUGUACCAGCAAAGAGUGACUGUGAAAAAUGUUUGAAAGCUGAACCAGGAGCGCUUAAGAACCGCGAUUGGAAGACUGUAAAAUUUUACAUUUAUAAUCGUAUUACAGCUUACAAAAAGAAAUUCCAGUGCAAAUAAUAAUAAUGUGAAGAUCCAACUCUGUCGUGGCAGGUUUUGUUCAAAGAUGUUAAAAGGUUAAAGAUGUUUUUGGGUUUACUAACCCUUUAAAACUACAGAAACACGUGUAGGCUAUAGAAUAACUU